AGAGUGUAUGUUCGAAUGACUUUCGAUAAAUAAUAAAUAGCAUCAAAGAAGAAACCUGAAAGACACGUACACAUCUUUCGAGCGGACUCUCUUUCCGUCUUCGUCCUCGUCGUCGCUCAUCAAGAUGAAGAGGAAAGUUGAUAAUGAUUUCUCGGUUUCUUCCUCUGCAACCAAGAUUCGUCGUCUGGACGCCGAUUUGCCGCCGAUUCAGCCAGCCGAAGUUUCUCAGCAACCUCCGAUUACUCCGGAAUUUCCAUCCCCAGCAUCGGAAAACCAGGAGAGGGCUCUUGUGUUGUUCAAGCCCGUUAAUCACUCUCCAUUUUUCUCUCCGUCAUCUUUCUCUUUCACCGUCGAUUCUGACGUUGUUUCGGCGAUUAACAAUCAACGUCCUUGGUUGAGACAAACUGUAGAGGAAGAAGCAAUAUGCAGGGACGAGAAUAAUCGCAACCGUUUGGCUCUUGUGCCAUGGGAACCCUCCCAAUUCCGUUCUGCACUAAGUGCUCAAGAUUCAAACACGGACUCGAUGGAAUCUGAACAAAUGGGAGAAGAAGCAUCCAUGGACAUUGAAGAACAAGAUUAUAACAACUCAUCUAUACACCAAACAACAAUACAUGGUGAAUUAACGGGUACCGAGGGGUUGCAGCCAUGGCAGCAACAGCACUGCUUGAUACCGCAGCUUCCUCAGAAUACUUCCACUCCCAUUUCAUGGACCUGGUAACAAGUGACAGUGAUAAAUGGGUUGCCACUGUUUGUUUAUUCCAUUUUUUUUGGGGAACGGUUUAGUGGCAGGAGAUUAUAGAGCGAAUAUGGUAGAUUAUUAGAGUGUUUUCUAGAGAAGGUGAACUGGGUUUCACUCGCUGUACACUUUUUGCUUGAAUUUACUAAGCCCUCUGUUCCAUGUCAGAUUCGUGUUCAUCUUCUGGGAUGCGAAUUGGGAACCUUGUAUCACAAAUUGUGCAGUGCAGUGAAGUGAUGUAAAUUAGUGCCUUUUUUGGGUCAAACCAUCUUAAUUCUAAUUCGAAUUAAAAUGAGCAGCUUUGUCAGCUA